AUGUCGAGCAGCGGGCCAAAUCACCCUCAAUCUCUGGUCGAGAGAACGCCUCUCCUACCUGGCCCUUCUCCGGCGUCCCCAUUGCCCGACGCCAUCAAAAACGAGCCUAUCUCCCUCAAGCGGUGGGUCCUGCUGUGGGUGUGCAUAACCAUCGUUGCCAUGGAUUUCGGCGACGCUCUCGCCUACCCCCCCGGCAUCGCAAUCUACGAAUCCGUCAUCUGCAACGAACUUCACAACACAGAUCCAUCACCUCCUAGCAAUGCGACAACAUCACCAUGCAAAUCACCCGCAGUACAGGGGCAACUAGCGCUCUUCAUCGGAAUAAAAGACACUAUUCACCAGCUUCCUGGAAUCGUCCUCGCCCUGCCUUAUGGGCUUGCGGCUGAUCGUAUCGGUCGAAGGCCCAUCGUGCUCCUCUGUCUUGUCGGGCUUUUGUUGGAAGAAGUGGUCAAUCGCCUGGUUUGCUGGUGGGCGCCUUUCGUUCCUUUGCGAGCUGUCUGGGCCACUCCGUUGUUCCAGGUGCUGGGCGGUGGCUCGCAGAUUGCAACUUCGAUGGCGUAUGCCAUGAUCACGGAUGUUUUUGAUCCUGAAGAGCGAUCCUCUAUCUUCUUCGUCAUGGCUGCUGUUAUUUUGCUUGGCGAGAUACUUGCUACGCCUGUAAGCGCUGUGCUGAUGUGGAAAUAUAGUCCCUGGGUGCCUUCCUUACUUGGUCUUGGGAUUCAGUUCGUCGGCUUCUGCGCGGCUUGUGUCUUGCCUGAGACAUUGUCGCAACAGCCAAAGUCACUUCAGGAUGAUCAAGUCAGCGUUGAAACAUCUCAGCCACCCUCAACUGCCCAUGGCAAGACAGACAGCUGGCUUGAGAAACUCGGGAACGAGUGGUCCAGGAUCAAGAGUCGAAUGCCACUCAACACCAACGUCGUGCUCAUCAUAUCCUCAUUCUUCUUCGCCAGCAUCGGCAAACAGGCACUCCAGCUCGUUGUGCAGUAUGCUUCAGUCCGCUUCAAUUGGAGUAUAUCCAGCGCCAGCUUCUUCGUAACUUUGAAAGGAAUAGUCACACUCAUCACCUUGCUCAUCGUACUACCACGCCUCUCCAUCAUCCUAAGCCAUCGCAUGCCCGCCUUCAAAAAAGACCGCUACAUCGUUCAAGGGAGUGCAUGGUCGCUGACCGUGGGCGCGGCAAUCAUGGCACUCGCUACCAGCCCAGUCGUAUUUGGAUUCGGCAUCAGCUUCCUCGCUUGCGGCUGGGGUUUCUAUUCUGCGCUUCGCAGUCUGGCUAUGGCGCUGGUUGAGCCAGAUCAUGGGGGUGUCAUGAGUACGUUUAUUGCGCUGGUGCAGAGUGCUGGGAUGAUGGUCUCGGGCCCGCUUCUUGCAACUGCGUUUGCACUCGGGUUGUCGUUUGGUGGGGCGUGGAGGGGACUGCCGUAUGUGGUUGCAGCGGGGUUUUUCCUCGUUGCUGGGUGUUUGGUUUGCUGUGUUGGGAGGGGAGGAGAGGGGGUUGGAUUGGAGGACGUGGAAGAGGAGGAGCGAUGA